AAUGAAAAAGAUCAUUAGUUAAUGUUUUAAGCCUUGCUAGUAUUUUCUGCCCAGAAAUUAAUACUUCAAGAGUGUGCAAUGUAAUCUACAAGCCAUUAUUUAGCAGGUUCCAUCUGAAUUCAGUUAAUUGUAUGGCAUUACCAUGGAGCUACAAAUACUAACGUAGAACUUAAAUGCAUUUGAAUGCUUCACUUAAUACUUGGUCAAGAUUGGCAGCGCUUAAUAGUCGUAAACAGAAAUGAGUUUGCAGAAAUAAAUCAAUGAAUACAUAUUUUAAACGCAAAUAUUUAUUAGACUACAAUAGGCUACAAAACGGAUUUCACCUUACGUUAGUGAAUAGGUUAGCAUACGAGGGAAAAGUUGAGCGCUAUAGCUUUCAGAACUUCAUAAGUUUCCUCUGGCUUCCAGUCUCACUAAAAAGAAGUUCCACUCGUUUCGCCUAAAGGGAUAACACUCGCGGAGCCGCGUGAACAAAGGGGCACUGGGCUGGAAUCUGAAGUACCCCGGGCCCCCAGAUUUCGCGAGGAGCUGUUUUACGGGCUAUGCGCCGCGUCACUCAAGCUGCCUGUACCGUUACCUCAUUUGCAUAAGGAGUGUACUAUAAAUUCAAGCCUCUCUCUGCAGCUCGUCCUCGUUCGGGGCAGUUUUGCGUGAAGUUUUUUGGUGUGCUUGCGUGGAAGUCCAGUCGGAGGAAAACUCGUUAAACCCUACUAAAGAAUAUUAGUAAGAUAUUUUUUUAAAGCCAAAGGAUUACAAAAAUGGCCACGAGAACGCAAUCUUCUUACAAGAGGUUGUUUGGCGCGGAGAAACCCAUGAUGUCUCGGUCCAGCUAUUCAAGCCGCCAGUACUCCGUUCCGGUCCGCUCGCGUGUCAGUUAUAGUGUCUCAUCCGCACCCACCAUCUAUUCGACCAAAACUUCCAGGGUCCGAAGCAGCGCCCCGAUUACCAGGCUCACCUCCGAGACUCUGAAUUUCGCCCUGUCCGAUGCCAUCAACACCGAAUUCAAGGCUAACCGCACCAACGAGAAGGCAGAGAUGCAGCAUCUGAACGACAGGUUCGCCAGCUACAUCGAGAAGGUACGCUUUCUGGAGCAGCAGAACAAGAUUCUGAUCGCGGAGCUCGAGCAGCUGAAGGGGAAGGGCACCACGCGCAUCGGGGACCUGUACGAGGAGGAGAUGCGCGAGCUGAGGCGCCAGGUGGACCAGCUCACCAACGAGAAAGCCAGAGUGGAGGUGGAUCGCGAUAACAUGGCGGAGGACAUCGAGCGACUAAGGGAGAAACUCCAAGACGAGAUGCUUCAGCGGGAGGACGCCGAAAAUAACCUGCAGAGCUUCCGACAGGAUGUGGACAACGCUUCCCUGGCCCGUGUGGACCUGGAGCGGAAGGUGGAAUCCCUGCAGGAGGAAAUCGUCUUCCUCAAGAAACUGCACGACGAGGAGAUCGCAGAGCUGCAGGCGCAGCUGCAGGAUCAGCACGUGCAGAUCGACAUGGACGUGGCCAAACCGGACCUGACCGCAGCCCUGCGGGACGUGCGCCUGCAGUACGAGAACCUGGCCGCCAAAAACGUCCAGGAGUCCGAGGACUGGUACAAGUCCAAGUUCGCUGAUCUCUCAGAGGCCGCCGCCCGGAACAACGAUGCCCUCCGUCAGGCCAAGCAGGAGGGCAGCGAGUACCGCCGCCAGGUGCAGGCGCUCACCUGCGAGGUGGACGCUCUCAAGGGAACCAACGAGUCCAUGGAGCGCCAGAUGAGGGAGAUGGAGGAGAACUUUGGCCUGGAGGCCUCCAACUACCAGGACACCAUCACCCGGCUGGAGGACGACAUCCGCAACAUGAAGGACGAGAUGGCCAAGCACCUGCGGGAGUACCAGGACCUGCUCAACGUCAAGAUGGCGCUGGACAUCGAGAUCGCCACCUACAGGAAGCUGCUGGAGGGGGAGGAAAGCAGGAUUUCUACUCCACUGCCCAAUUUUUCCUCCUUUAACCUGAGAGAGUCCAUGCUGGAGUCCAGACCCAUAAUGGACAGCAUGUCCAAGAAGGUGGUGAUCAAGACCAUCGAGACCAGAGAUGGCCAUGUGAUCAACGAGUCCACCCAGCACCAUGACGACCUGGAAUAAACCAUCGCCUGAUUGGGCACCGGAAACAUGACAGACCUGGCGCUGACACGGAGGAGAGGUUGGAGAGAGGGAGAGGAAGAGAGUGAGAGGGAGAGACAUACAGACAGAGAGAGAGAGAGAGAGAGAGAGAGAGAGAGAGAUCAUAGGAGGAAGGGUGAUGGGGAGAGGGGGGGAGUCAUUCUGUUUCAUGUGACAGAAAUACAUAUGAGAAAUACUACACAAGUACAAACCAAGAAACAAAAGCUUUAAAAGUGCCUUUUUUCCAUAAUAUAUAGGAUCAGCUGGUAGUGUGUUAGGGGGAGAAUAGAGACAGGCUGUAGGAAUACAGAUUGUUCUUCUGAAUGUCACGGUUUACUGCACAGUCUUUAGUUUACACUCAGACAGUAACAUAAUACUUUGAGCAACACAGUAAAAAAAAAAAAAAAAAAAAAAAAAAAAAAA